CCAAGAUGGCGGUGGCGGCUGUCCUGGCGAGGGUGUGGGGGUCGAGACGAGGCCACUUUGGCCUCCUGUUUCUGCGGCGGCCUGGGACUCGGGGGCUGGUCACAUCUCACCCCCGGAGGCAGCAGGAGCAAUUCUCUUCACUGGAUGACAAACCCCAGUUCCCGGGGGCCUCGGCAGAGUUCAUCGACAAGCUGGAGUUCAUCCAGCCCAAUGUCAUCUCCGGGAUCCCCAUCUACCGCGUCAUGGACCGCCAGGGCCAGAUCAUCAACCCUAGCGAGGACCCCCAUCUGCCCAAGGAGCAGGUCCUCAAGUUCUACCGGAGCAUGACGCUGCUCAACACCAUGGACCGCAUCCUCUACGAGUCCCAGCGGCAGGGCCGGAUCUCCUUCUACAUGACCAACUACGGCGAGGAGGGCACGCAUGUGGGCAGUGCUGCGGCCAUGGACAACACGGACCUUGUGUUCGGCCAGUACCGGGAGGCAGGUGUGCUGAUGUACCGGGAUUACCCCUUGGAGCUGUUCAUGGCCCAGUGCUACGGCAACGUCAACGACCUGGGCAAGGGGCGCCAGAUGCCCGUGCACUAUGGCUGCAAGGAGCGCCACUUCGUCACCAUCUCCUCCCCAUUGGCCACGCAGAUCCCCCAGGCGGUGGGCGCUGCCUACGCAGCUAAGCGGUCCAACGACAACAGGGCCGUCAUCUGUUACUUCGGCGAAGGGGCAGCCAGUGAGGGGGACGCUCAUGCUGGCUUCAACUUCGCCGCCACCCUGGAGUGCCCCAUCAUCUUCUUCUGCCGAAACAAUGGCUACGCCAUCUCCACGCCCACCUCGGAGCAGUACCGCGGGGACGGCAUUGCGGCGCGAGGCCCCGGCUACGGCAUCUUGUCCAUCCGCGUGGACGGCAACGAUGUGUUCGCUGUGUACAACGCCACCAAGGAGGCCCGGCGUCGCGCCGUGGCCGAGAACCAGCCCUUCCUCAUCGAGGCCAUGACCUACAGGAUUGGGCACCACAGCACCAGUGACGACAGCUCUGCCUACCGCUCUGUGGAUGAGGUCAACUACUGGGACAAGCAGGACCACCCCAUCUCACGACUGCGCCACUACCUGCAGAGCCGCGGCUGGUGGGACGACGAGCAGGAGAAGGCCUGGAGGAAGCAGUCCCGCAAGAAGGUAAUGGAGGCCUUCGAGCAGGCCGAGCGGAAGCCCAAGCCCAACCCCAACCUGCUCUUCUCAGACGUGUACCAAGAGAUGCCAGUACAGCUCCGCAAGCAGCAGGAGGCCCUGGCCCGCCACCUGCAGACCUACGGCGAGCACUACCCUCUGGAGCACUUUGACAAGUGAGGCCGUGGCCCCUCUUUCGGGCUGUUACAGUUGAGAGGGCUCUGUCAGCCCCCUCCUGACCUGCUCUGAGUGCCUUCUCUGGGGCGAGGGUGGGCAAAGGAACCUUUUCCCUGGAGGCCCCCCCCCAGGGCAGACUGGGAGAGGCCAGCCCUGCAGCUCUGAGUCGAGGCUGUGAAUGAAUAAACCAAACCACAUC